AUGAAGAUACAGACCACUCCCACCAUGGACAUGGACGCCCUGACGUCCAUCCUGUCCAACGCGUCUUCAGAGAGUAGCUGUGCUCCUGUAGACAACACUGUGGAGAACAUGGUGUUUGGAGGUUACUACAUUCUGGUCUUUCUCCUGGCGCUCAAUGGUAACGCCUUGGCCCUCUGGAUCUUCUCCCGGCAGCGCGGCACAUCCUCUCCAGCUAACGUUUUCCUCUUGCACCUGGCUGUGGCCGACCUCUCCUACGUCAUAAUCCUGCCGCUCCGCGCCACAUACCACCUCACGGGGGGCCACUGGCCGUUCGGCGAGGUUCCGUGUCGAGUCGCCGGCUUCCUGUUCUAUGUCAACAUGUACGCGAGUCUCUACUUCUUGGCGUGCGUGGCUGGGGACCGCUACCUGGCCGUGGUGCACGCCGUGAGGUCACUGAAGAUCCGGCGUGCCCGCUACGCCCACACCAUCAGUUUCUCCCUGUGGGCGCUGGUCACUGUCUCCAUGGCGCCCCUGCUGGUCACCCCCCAGACUGCGGAGGUGGACGGGAUGACGGUGUGUCUGCAGCUGUACAGGGAGAAAGCCUCCCGUAAGGCCCUUGUCUCUUUAGCCGUAGCCUUCACCCCUCCUUUCCUCUCCACGCUGUCCUGCUACCUGCUCAUCAUCCACAGCCUGAGGAGAGGAUCCCGAAUGGAGCCCCAGCUGAAGCUGCGAGCCCUAAGGACCAUCGGCCUGGUCAUGUUGAUCUAUGUGGUGUGCUUCCUGCCGUACCACGCCUCCAGAGCCACGUUCAUCCUGGGGUACGCCCACCCAGAUGUCUCCUGCCAGACCAGGCGGGGUCUGUCGCUGGCCAACCGCGUCACCUCCUCCCUCACCUGUCUGAACGGGGGCCUGGAUCCUCUGGUAUACCUGUUUGGGGCCGAGAAGUUCCGGGGAACGGUGAGAAGGCUGUUCUUGAGAAACAGGGCCGGGGGAUCAGGGGCCACCAGUGCAGGAGAGCUGAAAGGAACACACGAGAGCUCUGUCAGCAUCAAGUCUGAGUUCUGA